AAGCUCCGGUUCGUUUCUCUCCGUCUGGAUUUCCCUACCUGUAGAAUUUCAUCAUCCAUGGAUGCUGGAGAUGAUAAGAGAAAAGGCUCUAUUCCCUCAAUUAUUAUUGAAUCUCACUCCAAUGCUAAUGAGGAUAGGCUUAGCCCUGAAGAUUUAGCUUGGGCUGAUUCUUGCCUGGUUCAAGACGUUGAAGUUUUGGAAAGUAAUUGGAAUUCUUUUAAAGAUGCAUUGCUGGAGAUUCUUGACAAGCAUCCUGAAUCACUUUCCUCUUCUGUAACUGAAAGUGACAGUUCUCCUGGUGGGCCUGAUGUUGAGAUGCUUCCUUCCAUUGAGGAGGCGGAAGCUGUGAUGUACCCAGCAAGGACUUGGGACAAUAUCUUUGUUGAUCCAAUCAAUGAAGAAACAAAAACAAACAUGGACGGUACUCCAAUAGAAAACAACACUGACAUUCCUUCCCAAGUCCUUCAGGAAGAUGUUGUGGAAUCAUUCCAGGGAGAUCCUUUUCUGCCUACGUACAGUGAGGAUCAGAGAGUGGUGGAAGCUGUUGAUUCAGGACUCGAGAGUUUUCCAAUGAAUGAUAUUGAUCUAUCAACAAGCGAUAUCUUCAGGGUCUGGGAUUUGAACAUUGCUGCUCAUGAGGAAUUUGAUUUUGUUAAACAGUUGAAAAAGGCCCUUCAAGAAGUUGAGGAUCAAAAGAUAGAGCGAACUUUUGAUGGAGUUGAAGAUCAAAUCAAAACACCAACUUCUGAUGAUUCAGUGGCAAGGAAAGAUGUGAAAGAAAACUCCCUUGAUCAGAUAGUUACCGGCAUUGCAGAUCUGUCUCUGAAUCAAGAUUCUAGUUAAUUUCUCUGCCCAUAUUUGAAACUUUUAGGUUUUAGAAAUUUCCCUUGUAACAACAAGAAUGAGGAUCCUUAAAGUUGCAUGUAUUUUUUUCCAUGGGAUUCCUACUGAAUCUUUAAUGUCAAAUAGCAGAAAUGCAUGAAAGCCUUGGAAACAAAUGUUGCUGAAGCUU